CUGUCUGUUAGCUUCACCACUGAUCUGAGUCACCCGCCUCUGAGCUGCUCUGAUUGGCCUGGAGAUACAGAGGAGAGAUACAGAGAGGGAAAAAGAGAGUGAGGCAGUACUAUUCUCCUUCUACACUUACACACUGUGAAGCUAAAGCCAGAGAUCGAGGAGAGAAGAGAAUGCGUCUGCUCCACUUAACCCCCUCACACCGGCAUCACAUUCAACCCUGAACCAGCUCAACCACCCCCUUUUUGCUCAGGAUCCUAUUUAACCAGGAACUAUUUAUCUUCAGUUGUGGACUGAACCACACUCUCCUGAUCCUGGGGGUGGUGGUCUUUUCUCUUUUGGGGGAUGUUUUGACAGGAGCUGGCCCAGAAGAUCCGUGGCUACCAGGAGCAGAUCGCCUCGCUCCACUCUAAGUGUAAGAUGCUGACUGUAAAGGCCAAACACGCCACCAUGCUGCUCACGGUCAGCGAGGUGGAGGGCCUUUCAGAUGGCAUGGAGGAACUGAGUGAUGAGGAGCUGCCUAGUGCUAUGUCAAACACUACCUCAGCUGCCAACAAGCAGCUUCCAGCACACCCCUCUGUUGUUAUGAUGACAGCCGGACGCUGCCACACACUCCUCUCCCCUGUGACAGAGGAGUCAGGGGAGGAGGGCACCAACAGUGAGGUCUCCUCUCCCCCUGCCUGCCGCUCCCCCUCUCCGGGGGCUAACGCUGAUACUCCUCUUAACCAGGGUGGAGGUGCACUAAGUCGAGUUCCUCUCCAGGAGCUGUACGACCCAUCAAUGGAAAGCAGUGCUGCUAACUUGGAUGACCUCCAGAGAUCCUGGGAAACACUAAAAAAUGUGAUCAGUGAGAAGCAGAAGAGCCUGUAUGAGGCUCUGGAGCGACAGCAGCAUUAUCAGGAGUCCCUCCAGUCCAUUUCCACAAAGAUGGAGUCCAUUGAAGGUGCACUCAAUGAGGGCCUGGAGCCCAACAAGACCCCCGAGAGCCAGAUGGCUGCACACCAGGCUCUGAUGGAUGAGGUCCUCAUGCUACAAGAUGAAAUUGGUGAGCUACAGACAUGUUUCUCUGAGGAGCUGGCCGACAGUGACAGUGAUGGGGACACUGGUGACCAACUGGCCCUCCAGUCCACUGUCACCGUCCUGGGAGAAAGGAUGGCCACCAUUCGCAUGAAGGCUUCUGGGAAACGACAGCUGCUGGAGGAGAAACUGAGUGAACAGCUGGAGGAGCAACGGCAAGAACAGGCACUGCAGCGUUACCACAGCGAGGCAGAGGAGCUUGACCACUGGCUGCUCAGCACUCGAGCCACCCUCAGCUCUGCACUUCAGCCCCAAAAUGAAGACAUGGACAUGGAGGAGCAGCUCAUCGACUGUCAGAACAUGCUGUUUGAGAUCGAGCAGAAGGUGUCGUACCUAUCAGAGCUAUCUGUCCACAGUGAGAGCUUGCUAUUGGAGGGCCGUGCUGAAACCAAGGAAGAGGCGGAGCAGCUCACCCUCAAACUGCGCUCUCUGAAAGACAGCCUGCUAGAGCUGCAACAGAUGCUUCAGGACAAACAGGUUGACAUACAGGGUUCAUUGCAGGAGCAAGAGGACAGUGAUCCAGACUCAUCUUUAUCCCAGAGUCCUAAUGUCCAGGACUGGCUGUCCCAAGCUCGCUCAACACGCACACAGCAGCACCAUGACAAUAUCCUUCGACAGAGAGAACUGCAGGAACAAGUGGCUGAACAGAGGAAGCUGCUCCAGUCUGUGGCCAGUGUUGGAGAGGAGUUAUUCAGCCAACAAAGCACACCGAAUGGGGACAGUGAGCUGACCAUCCCUGGUGGGGUGUUGCUGGAGUGUGAAACCUUUUCUCCUCAGGACCAGCUGAGACAGAAGUGGGAAAACCUAAAUAAAGAUCAAAACACAAAGCUGCAGCUCUCCCUCACCUCACAAGACCAGCUCAGUCCGGUUCUUCACCGCUCACGACUGUCUAGUCCCAGUGUGGUGACCAGGGGCGAGGCUACCAGCCAGGGCUCUCACUCUCCUAGAGCAUUGUUUGAGGCCUGCAGCCAGACUCUGGAAAAAAUUAAUGAAGAAGUAGUGGGCAGUGACAGUAAGAUGUCAGCUUCUUAUGGAGGGGCAGCAGUCCAACAGGAUCUGUAUGCUGCAGUAUCAGCAGCCUCUUCCUGGUUAGAUGCUGCUGAGAAUCAUCUGCUCUCAGGUCCUGUGCUACUGUCUGAGGACACAGAGACUCAGCUCACAAAUCUAGAGGUGUUAUAUAAACAGCUGAAGGAGAUAACCAGAGAGGUAAACCAGUGCAGAGACCUGCUGGGAGGAGGAGCAGGGCGGUUGUGUGGAGGAGAAGAGCGAACCCUGAUGGAAGAUGCUCUUGAUGGCUUGCAGGAGAGGAUGAGCCUCCUGGACUCUACUCUAGAACAACACUGUGAGAGCAUGAGGGACAGGCUGCAGGAACAAUCAACUUUCCAGAAUGAAAUGAGGAUGGUGUUCACAGCCUUGACUGAAAGUAAACAUCAGCUGCUGGAGAAGAUGUCUGGGACAGCAGACAGACCUGCAUCCAAACAGUUAGAGACACUGUCUGAGGUGGAGGAAAGCCUGAGGGAGUUUGAGCAGAAAAUGAUUGAGCUAAGAAACAGAGCAGAGGGACUUCAGUCAGACCAAACCUCCAACCAGGAACUCCUCAAGCUACAGGAUGUUUAUGAGGAGCUGGUGCUCAUGGUGGGCUCUAGACGGAGUAGCCUGAACCAUGGCUUGUCUCUGAAGGCUCAGUAUGAAGCUGCCCUCCGUGACCUCAAUGACCUGGUGGAUACCGCGAAGGACAAGAUGGCUGCUGACCAAAAGAUGACAGUAGCUUCAGUCAUAGAGGUCCAGAUGUUGCUGGACAAACACAAAGAGUUCUUCCAAGGUCUGGAAUGUCAUAUGAUCCUCACCCAGACAUUUUACAGUAAAGUGUCCAGUCUGGUGGCACAGAGGGAAAGCCAAGCCCUGGAGGGAACCAUGGCUUCGGCCCACAAUGUGCUCAAACAGGCCCACAGGAGAGGAGUGGAGCUAGAGGGAAUUUUGGAGUCUUGGAGCAGGCUUGUGGAAGACUAUCAGGCUCUUUGUAGACAGCUGGAGGCUGUGGAGUGUAGCAUCCCCACUGUGGGUCUGGUUGAGGAGACAGAAGAGAGACUCAUUGAAAGGAUAAGUCUCUACCAGCAUCUGAAAGCUAGCCUGACAGAGCAUCAGCCCCAGCUGUACCAGGUUCUGGAGGAGGGCAAGAGGCUCCUGUUGUCUGUUAGCUGCUCAGACUUGGAGCACCAGCUGACACAGCUGGGAGAACAUUGGCUGUCCUCCACCACAAAAGUUAACAAGGAGCUGCAUCGCCUCGACUCCACACUCAAACACUGGAGCAGGUACCAGAGUGAGUCAGCAGAGCUGAGCAGCUGGUUGCAGUCGGCUCUGGACAGACUGGAGUUCUGGACAACCCAAUCAGUGACAGUACCUCAAGAGCUGGAGACCGUCAGAGACCAUCUCUGUGCCUUUCUGGAAUUCUCAAAAGAGGUGGAUGCUAAGUCAUCCUUGCGUUCAUCUGUGCUGAGCACAGGCAACCAGCUCCUGAGACUGAAAAGAGUAGACACAGCUGGCCUGAGGACAGCCCUUGGACAAAUCGAUACUCAGUGGGCUGAGUUGCUAACUCGGAUACCUGUAGUCCAAGAGAAACUGCACCAGUUGCAAAUGGAGAAGCUGGCAUCACGACAUGCCAUCACAGAACUGAUGAGCUGGAUCUCCCUCAUGGAAAACAUCAUAGAGGAAGAUCAGGAAAAGAUCAUGGGCGCUGUAGGCUCAGAGGUGGUCCAGAACUUCUUGCAGAAGUAUAAGGGUUUCCGCAUUGAUCUGACCUGUAAGCAGCUGACUGUAGACUUUGUAAACCAGUCAGUGCUGCAGAUCAGCAGUCAGGAUGUGGAGGGAAAACGAAGUGACAAAACUGAUUUUGCAGAAAAGUUGGGAGCUAUGAACAGAAGGUGGCAGAUAUUACAGGGGCUCAUUGCUGAAAAGAUUCAGCUUUUGGAAGGACUAGUGGAAGGCUGGUUAGAGCAUGAAAAUGGAGUCCAGGCGCUGAAAACAUGGCUAACGUUGCAGGAGGAGAAACUGAAGAAGAGACACAGGAUAGAGGAUGUAGCAUCUGUGCAGAAUGCACUAAAAGACUGUCAGGAGUUGGAAGAACUAGUGAGGGAAAAAGAAAAGGAUCUAGAGAAAGCAGAGGAAAGAGGAAAUGCUCUUAUCAAAGAUAAGAAAGGUGCAACAUGCUCUGUUGUGAAGGAAACCCUUAAAGGACUGAACCAAUCCUGGGCUCAUUUGGACCACAUGAUAAGUCAGAUGAAGGUGAGCCUGCGGUCAGUGUUGGAGCAGUGGACAUUGUAUCGGAGAGCUUCGGAGGAGAUUAAUGGUUACCUGAUGGAGGGGAGGUAUUCUGUGUCCAGGCUUUACCUUCUUAAUGGGUCUUUAGAGGCAGUGCAGCAGCAAGUGGAGAGUCUGGAGAAUCUGCAGGAGGAGAUGGACAAACAGGAGAGCAGCCUGAGAAAGUUUGGCUCCGUAACUCACCAGUUGUUGACUGAAUGUCACCCCUCUGUAGCUGAGACACUUAACAGAGCCCUUAGGGAUGUUAACAUCAGGUGGAAUCAUCUACUAGAGCAGAUUUCAGAGCAGCUAAGGAGCAGCAAGGCCUUGCUGGGACUGUGGCAGCAUUACAGAUCUUUGUACAGCCAGUGCGUGGCAGCAGUUCAGAAGCAGGAAGAACGUGCUGAUCGCUUGCUGAGGAGUGCGACUGACAGGGAAAUAACAGAGGAGGAGAGCAGCGACUGGAUAAAAGACUGCAAUGACUGCCUCAGUGACCAAGACUCGGUGCAACGGUCCCUCCAGCAGCUGCAAGUAUUAGAGGAGCAGCUUAGGAGCCAAGUUGACCCCUCCUCUUCGGCAUCUCUCCAGUUUGACCACCUGUCACUCACUCAUCGCUUAGCAACACUUAAGCACGCCCUUCAGAGGCAGCAAGAAGUACUGCAGUCUGGAUCUCAGGCCUGUGAGGGCUUCAGAGAGCAGCUGGACAUGCUGAUCCUGAAGGCUCAGGAGGCUGAGGAGGUGCUAAGGGAGGCUGAUCCAGCAGGUUCACCUGAGCUCACAGUGGUGCAGACACGUAUAGAAAAACUCAAGGUACACUUGUUGAAGCUGAGUAGUUUGUCUCCAGACCUGGAACGUGUAAAUGACUUGGUGUACCGUCUACCAGUCAGUGACAGGGAUGUUAAACGGCUUCAAAAUCUGAACAGAGCCUGGGCCUCUCACACUGCUCACCUCACUGAGAGGUUCAGUAAAUUGCAGUCAAUGUUGCUCCAGCAGCAGAGUUUCCUCCAGAAGUGCGAGUCUUGGAUGGAUUUCCUGUCUCAGACUGAGCAGAAGCUGGCUGCUGAAAUCUCUGGCAACUACCAGAGUCUUCUGGAGCAGCAGAGAGAUCAUGAGCUGUUCCAGGCAGAGAUCUUCAGCAGGCAACAGAUUCUUUACUCCAUCAUCAGUGACGGGCAUCGAUUUUUGGACCUGGGACAAGUGAAUGACAGCAACAGUGAUGACUUUAGUCUCAAUCUGGCUUUGCUGAGCAAUCAAUGGCAAUGUGUGGUGAGGCGGGCUCAGCAGCGGAGAGGCAUCAUUGAUAGUCUGGUGCGCCAGUGGCAGAACUACCAGGAACUGGCAGAGAAGCUCAGACGGUGGCUACAAGAAGUGACCCAUGAUCCAGACGUCAUUCAGCCAGGAGAGCCAGUGGUGCUGCAGCAAGCCCGAAACCUGUUAGGGCAGAUUCAACUGAGGGAGCGAGUGCUUCAGAGGCAGCAAGGAGUCUACAUCCUGACCAUAGAGGCCGGCAGGUGUCUGCUUCUAUCAGCUGAUGCCAGAGCUGAGUCCACUUUACAAACUGAGCUCAUGGAGAUUCAGGAGAGGUGGAGACAUGCCCACCACCGCUUGGACCAGCAGAGGAGGGAGCUGCAUGGCUUGCUUAAGAACUGGGAGCGAUGUGAGAAAGGCAUAGAUGUGUCACUGGAGAAGCUGAGGGCCUUUAAGAAAAAGCUGUCCAUGCCGCUGCCUGAUCAUCAUGAGGAGCUUCACUCAGAGCAAAUCAGAUGCAAGGAGCUUGAGAGCAGCGUGGAAGGCUGGACUGAAGAUCGUAGUUCCUUGAUCAAGCUGAGGGAUUCCUUGGAGGGUGUGGUCAGCACGGAUGACAUCACAGUCCUACAGGAGCGCCUCCAGCUCCUACAGCGCCAGUGGGAGGAGGUCUGCCACCAGCUUUCACUGCGCAGGCAGCAGGUGAGCGAGAAGUUGAAUGAGUGGGCUGUUUUCAAUGAGAAGAACAAGGAACUGUGUGAGUGGCUCACACAGAUGGAGAGCAAAGUCUCUCAGAAUGGGGACAUCAGUAUUGAAGAGAUGAUUGAAAAGCUGCGUAAGGACUACCAAGAGGAGAUCAGUGUAGCUCAGGAGAACAAAAAACAGCUGCAAGUGAUGGGUGAGCGUCUGGCCAGGGCCAGCCAAGACAGCAAGGCGACUGAGAUUCAGCACAAACUCAACAAAGUCAGCGAGCGCUGGCAGCACCUGCUGGACCUCAUUGCAGCCAGGGUGAAGAAGUUACGAGAGACUCUGGUGGCAGUGCAGCAGUUAGACAAAAACAUGAGUGGCCUGCGUUCUUGGCUUUCUCACAUCGAGACCGAGCUCUCCAGGCCCAUUGUCUACCACACCUGUGACGAUAAUGAAAUCCAGAGGAAACUCAACCAACAGCAGGAGCUGCAGCGGGACAUAGAAAAACACAGCACAGGUGUGGCAUCAGUGUUGAACCUGUGUGAAGUCUUGCUGCAUGACUGCGAUGCCUGUUCUACGGAAACAGAAUGUGACUCCAUCCAGCAAGCAACCAGAGGGCUGGACAGACGCUGGAGGAACAUCUGUGCCAUGUCCAUGGAGAGGAGACUAAAGAUUGAGGAAACAUGGAGGUUGUGGCAGAAGUUUCUGGAUGAUUACUCCAGAUUUGAGGAUUGGCUAAAAACCUCAGAAAAAACAGCAGCCUUGCCCAAUUCCUCUGGAGUUCUCUACACCAUCGCUAAAGAAGAGCUAAAAAAGUUUGAGGCUUUCCAGCGUCAGGUGCAGGAAUGCCUCACACAGCUGGAGCUCAUCAACAAACAGUACCGUCGGCUGGCCCGGGAGAACCGCACAGACUCUUCCUGCCGUCUCAGAGAGAUGGUGCAUGAUGGGAACAGACGAUGGGAUAACCUACAGAAAAGGGUGGCAGCCAUCCUGCGCAGACUCAAGCACUUCAUUUGCCAGAGGGAGGAAUUUGAGACAGCGCGGGACAGCAUCUUGGUGUGGCUCACUGAGAUGGACCUCCAGUUAACCAACAUAGAGCACUUCUCCGAGUGUGAUGUACAGGCCAAAAUCAAACAGCUGCAGGCGUUCCAGCAAGAGAUCAGUCUAAACACGGCAAAGAUUCAGCUGGUGUUCAGGCAGGGCGAAGCUCUGAUUGAGAAGAGUGAACCUCUGGAUGCUGCUGUUAUUGAGGAGGAGCUGGAGGAGCUGCAGAGAUACUGUCAUGAGGUGUUCGGACGAGUGGAGAGAUACUACAAGAAGCUUACGCGAUUGCCUCUGGUAGAUGAUGAACUUGAUGGUUCAGACAGAGAGUUGGACAUUGAAGAAGGUGAUCUGCAGUGGGGCGACUCCUCUGUACCGCGAACAUCCAGCCGUCCAGCAUCGGGCACAGCAGCCCUCAUCCGAGCCGACCGCUCAGGCCGAGACACCCCAGCCAGCGUGGACUCCAUCCCCUUAGAGUGGGACCACGACUACGACCUGAGCAGAGGUCUGGAGAGUCCUGGAGGACGAGGAAAUGGAGAGAGGAGCAGAGGACAAGAAGAGGAGGAUGAGUAUCCGAGGACAACUGCCACGGUGCUGUCAGAUGUAGUUAUCCCAGAGAGCCCUGAGGCCUAUAUAAAACUGACUGAGAACACACUGAAAUCGUCCGCUGGUGAGCCAGGCCAGCUUGAGGCCAGUCUGAGACAACUGGACCAGGCUUUGGAUGCAGGACGCUACCACCUGCAACAGAGAGAGGCCUCUGCCAGCCACUCCAGCCCCGACAUCAACUCCACGUACAUGGGCUAUAUGCGUCUAAUGGGAGAGUGCCGCGGCAAUAUAGAUGCAGUGAAGAGAGCAGAGGGAGAGCUGACCGACGAAAAAGACGGCAUGCUGGGACUCACAAACCCCACCAGCACAGACACACAGAGUGCAGGUGUGAUCGAGCGCUGGGAGCUGAUCCAGGCCCAGUCUCUUAGUGAGAAACACAGACACAAACAGAACCUACAGCAGUGGCAGCAGCUGAUCUCAGAUCUGCAGACCAUGAGGGCCUGGUUGGGGCAGUCGGAGGCCGAACUUAGCCAGUUCUUAGGGCUUGAUCUCAGCACUGACAUACACACCAUCCAGCAGAGAAUCAGGAAGCUCAAGGAGCUGCAGAAGGGGAUGGAUGCUCACAAGUCAGAGGUUCUGUCCAUCAACCUGAGCAGUGCAGACUUCCUCCAAUCAGAACCAGACUCUGAAGAGGCAUGGGAGCUAAGGGACCAGCUGAAAGAGAUGAACUCUCGCUGGGAUCGGCUCAGUGCCUCACUGGAGGACUGGAGAGAAGAACUGCAGAGAGCACUGAUGCAGUGCCAGGAGUUUCAUGAGAUGAGCCACGGCUUGCUGCUGUGGCUGGAGAACAUUGACCGCAGGAGGAACGAGGUGGUGCCUAUUCCUCUCAAAGCCAAUCGUGAAACAUUACAAGCUCAUCACAAAACUCUAAUGCAAAUUCAACGUGAGUUGCUGGACUCGCAGCAGAAAGUAUCGUCCCUUCAGGAGCUCUCGGCUCAGCUGCUGGUGAACAUUAGACCUCAGACUCUGCAGUCACAGACCGUGGAGCAGACCCAUCUUCAGGGCAGUGAGUGUCUGGAAGCCCAGGAGAAGGUUCAUGUUAUCUGGAACAGACUUAAACUCCUUCAGAGGGAGGUCAGUUCAGACCUGGAGGGACUGGAGAAGAGACUGGAGGCCAUGGACACACAGCAGUCUUGCUUACCUGUUCCAAUGGGCAAAUCAAAAGUCUGUGGAUCUGCUGGUUCUAGGUCAGAGGUGACCCUCCAAAGUCGCAAACAAUUGCCCCGAGGCAAAAGUAGUCAGGCCCACCCUGGACCCCCUGAGAGCGGCCCGCGCCACAGCCGGAACAGAUCACCAGGCGCCGCUGGCUGCGCUUACUCCCGUUCUGACCUUCCGGACGGCGUCUCCUCUACAACGUCCUCCUCCUCCUCAAAGGAUCAGUCUUUCCUGCUUCGGGUCUUCAGGGCCGCACUCCCCGUCCAGUUGCUCCUGCUGCUCCUCAUCGGCCUGGCCUGCCUGGUGCCCAUGACGGAAGAGGACUACAGCUGCCAUCACGCCAACAAUUUUGCUCGCUCCUUCCAUCCAAUGCUGCGUUACACCAACGGACCUCCGCCCAUAUGAGGAGCGGCAGAUUUUAUCUACCUACUGCUUUGCCAAGGACUCCACUGACUCCUGUGAAUGUUUCCUCUUCACCCUGUGCCCUAAAGCAACAAACUCUUCCCUUGCUGGGGGUAAACUUGCAUUAUGAAGUAAUUCAGAAGUGAUUUAGGGACUUUUUUCUCUAACAUUGCACACCCACUUUCCUGAAAUCACCUCAACCCUUUAAAAAAAAAAAAAAAAAAAACUUUCCAAAUGGACCUUCAUCUGGAGACCCUGCCUCCUCAGUUCAAAUAUGUUGUUUAACUUAAAUAUGUACAAUAUUUUUAAGGUUUCUGAGCAAACCUGUGAAAUCAUUGAAAAACUAAACACUAUUUAUAUACUGUAUGUUGGGAGCCAAAGUCAGCCGUGCUUUUUGUCCAUGAUAUCCAGUGCUGCUACUAUUUAUUUAGUGUUCAAAUGGCUAAUAGCUUGUUAGCACUGAUGAAGCUAAAGCACCACCUUUAGUGUGGGAUAUUGUACCUGUACAUUGUAGAGUAGGCUUGCAGUUUAAGUAGCAAUCUUAAUCUUUGGGGGGAGAUUUUAUUCCAAAAGAUGUCACAUUUGAAGAUCUACUCAGAUAAAAUGACUGAAACAGCGCAGAAUACCCUCUAAAAAAUGAGGGGUAGCAUACUUUUUUUUUUCCAGGAUCAUGCCCGUCUUUUAAAAUGAAGUCUUUACAUGAUGUUAAAGCUAAAAUUUUUAACUUCUAGCACUGUUAAAGGUACUGCACUGAAGCCCUUCAGCCAAGAUGGCAUACGUCUCUACUUAAAGCCAAGGCUUGUAUUCUUGUUUUUAAUGUCAGUAUUUAAUUUACUGGGGGAACUAUGAGAAAGAAAAGAAAAACUUGCUCUCUUGAUUAAAAAAAGAAGAAGAAUUCAGCUGCUUUGUAUUUUAUUGUUUGAAAAGCCAUUUUAGUAUAGGCAGUUAUUUUUUUAUCUUUAUUUUUGAGCAUGCACUUGAAGCUCCCCAUGCUUUUAAGAAGGUCAAACAAUCACUGGUAGUGUUUUAGUUGAUGGCUGUGACAGCAGAGUGUGCUUUGUAAUAACUGCGGUAAUUAUUCUGUGCUGAUGAGAGAUCAGCAUCAUGGCAUUGUUAAAACAGAAUCUGUAAAAAAUUGAAUUAUGAAAAUUGUUAUUUAUGUAUGUACAGUUUGCUAAUUCAUGAAUAUUACUUUCUUUGCAAAUAAUAAAACAUGAAAUAUUUA